AUGCUACGUCUCCCCCAAGCUACUACCCUCGUCAAAUCCGCCCCAGCUCUGAUGCCCACGGCCCGCAAUAGUGCACCCAGCGUCUCCCGUAUCGCUAGGCGCCUUCACUCAUGUGAUGACGCUUGCGUUCCAAACGACGCUGAGAACGCCGGUACCGGCGCUCGUGUACUACGAAACCCGGUUGCGGGCAACACGUUCUCAUCAUUCAAAGAAUACCGCGAAAUAGCACGGACGUACGGCCCUAUUCACGCUUCGCGGGGUUCGCAUCCAUCCCGCUGA